UCGUUUCCCUCUUUUUAACUUUUCGCCUUUAACCUAACGAUUAGCAACAAAAUAACAUUCAAAACAGUACUCCUGAAAGUGUGUACUAGUUAUCCUCGUCACUGUUAACUAUAUAGUUACAUACAUGAUGGAUGUGUUUCUUAUGAUUCGACGAAAAAAUAUGACGAUAUUUACGGAUGCGAAGGAUAAUACUCCGGUUCUCGAGCUUAAAAAAAUCAUAGAAGGUAUAUUAAAAAUACCACCUGCAAAUCAACAGUUGUUCAAUGUGGAUAAUGUUGUAAUGUCGGAUAGUUCAGUUUUGUCUGCAUAUGGAUUAACAUCUACAACAGCGAAACCACAGUGUCCUGCAUUAGUAGGAUUAGCUAUGCGCCAAGAAAAUGGUCAGUUUGAACCCUUAGAGAUGACUCCAUUUUCGUUACCACCUGAUCUACCAGAUGUGAUGAAAUUUCAAGAAACCAAUGGCUUUGAACAGAUCGCUUGUAACAAUAUUAACCCAUGAAUCAGAUGAUGGUCAGGUGUUAUAUACAAUAUAAUUUUACAAUUGUCAGA